GGAAGCGCUAGCCGGGACUGAGCUGGACUGGACCGUGGCAUUCCUUGGAGGAGGAGGAGAGGGAGCCGUGGAUAUGGAGGACGGUGGGACACGGCACCUCAGCCAUGAGUGCAGGGUGGAUAUGAUGGAAGAGGAGGGGGAGCCGCUGACCGGAGGAGAUGGACUGACCGGAGCUGGUGUUAUCCUGAUUCCCAAGCUGCCCCAUGUGGAGUUCAGCCUGGAAUGCAGGGAUCUGAUUGGCUCUGGCAGAGACAGGAAGCCCAAUGCUCUAGUCCAGGUUGCUGUCAUCGACCCCCGGGAACAAUACCUGGUCUCCCACGCCUGCACAGAGAUAGUAGAGGGUAGCAGAGACCCGUUGUUCCUGACAGGGGUGACCUUCCCUCCGGAGUACCCUGCCAGCCCAGAGACGCUAGUCAAGCUCACCGUCUACGAUGUGAGAGACAAGGCCCGCGACAAUAGCAGUUUCCUGGGCAGCGCUACGUUCUCCGUUAGCGACCUGCUAAGGUCAAAGGACGAUCAGCUGACCCUCAAUCUAAGGUCUUCUGAUGGUGUGCUGACGGUGGGGACAGUGUUGGUGAGCCGUGUGAACAUCGGGGAGAUGGAGGAGGGGGACAUGGAUCACAUCACGGCCGACGUGCAGCAGGCCCAGAAGUGCACCUUAGUUUGUGAGUCAUCACAGGGAACCCAGAACGACAAAGAUAAUAGCCCCCUGACGGGUGCUGUCUUUAAGAACCCGGUUUGUAAGGUCUACAAGUUCCAGACGGUGGAUAGUAAAUGGAUGCUGGUGAGAGAGCAGAUGGAGGAGUGUACUCUGUCCUUCAGCAUCCCCAGACAGCUCCUCCACCUCUACAUCCAGGAAGACAUGAGGAGGAUACAGGAGCUGAGGGACCUUGGGGAACUGUCUCCCCACUGGGACAACCUGAGGAAGGAGGUGAUUGGCCGUUAUGGACAGGUGAUAGCUGCCUACCAGGAGACCCUGGCUGAGCUGAAUAAGAUCACUGGUCCGUCGUUCAAGCCGAGCUGCAGCAAGGCCCAGCGGUAUCUAGAGUUCAUCCCUAUCAACCUGCACACCCAGAGGAUGAGGGUGACGUGUCCCAGACAAACAGAUGCAUUCUAUGACGUGAUCACGGUGGGGGCUCCAGCGGCCCACUUCCAGGGCUUUAAGGGCGGAGGGCUGCAGCGACUACUGAGCAGACAUGAGGCAGAGAAGAAGAGUUUCAGCACAGCAUACCAGUGCAUCUACUACUCCCCGGAGCACACAGCCAAGGCCCAGGAGGUGUUGCACAGUGUGGGCCAUCUCCAACCUCUCAUCUCGGGCCUGGCAGACCAGCUGCUUCAGGCCGCCCAGCAGCACUCCAUGACUGGGCUGAGGGAGGCACUCAAGACCCUGGCUGGAAAGACGGAGCAGUUUGUGCAUGCGCUCAAAGACGAGCUGGUGAAGAGCGCCUUGCUGGCCCUCCACGCUGCACAGCCUGGCUAUGUUACAAAGAACCAGAACCAGACCCUGCCAGGCCACCAGGGUCACAGCCACCAGGACCACCCUAGUCCCAGCCAGAGGGGUCAACAAGGCCAGAGUCCACCCCAGAACCCAGGCCACAGUCCUGGGCAGCCAUCGGCUACAGACAGCCCUGUGGUGGUGUGUAAUAAUGUGGAUGGUGGUUCCCAGACGGCUCACAACAGAGAAGACGGGCAGGCUCCUCUGAAGCGCCAGGACUCCAUACAGUGUCAUAAGGAGUACGACGAGGAGGAAUGGGACAGGGUGUGGGCCAACGUGGCGAAGAGCCUCAACUGUGUCAUCGCCAUGGUGGACAAGCUCCAGGAGCAGGAACCAAUCAACAACAACCAGGAACAACCAAUCCCUAAGCAGGUCCUGGCUGACGUCAUCACCUCCCACAACCCCGAAGGGGAUUGGCAGGAGCAGCUCUGCCCUCUGGUGGUGAGGUUGAAGGAGUGCGUCGCAGAGGUGGUGGUGCGGGCCAGGAGGGCCAUGACCUUCGUCCUGCUGCAGGAGGCGGCCUGCAGCAUCCCCCAGGGACUGUUCCUCAAGCAGAGGAGGGAUGUGGUCUUCAGUCAGGCGCUAGCUGCGUUGGCGUGUGGUUUCGUCAUGAGGCUGUACGCGGGGAUGGAGGAUAAGGGCUUCCUCAGGCAGCUCCACCUAGUGGGCCUGGUGGCACAGUUUGAAAGCCUGCUAAGCACCUACAGUGAGGAGAUUGGCAUGCUGGAGGACAUGGAGGUGGGCAUCUCAGACCUGCACCGGGUGGCCUUCAAGAUCACCCAGGCCAAGACAGACAACCCCUGUGACCUGCAACCUGUAGUCAUCGGCAGGCGCGACCAUUAUACUGUAGAAGUGCCAUUACCAAGGCUGGCCUUCCAGACGUUACCCCAUGAGAUCAAAGAGGGCAAGGCAUUGCAGGUUUACCCGGUGCUCUUCAACGUGGGAAUCAACGAACAGCAGACAAUAGCAGACAGAUUCGGAGACAUCUCUUUGCAAGAGAGGAUAAACCAGAGGAACUUUGAGAUUUUAGACAGUUAUUACAAAUCACUAAGCGAUAAGGUGCCAUCAGAAUGUCUGCCAUGUUUUCAAACGCAGACGGACUUGAAAGAUUUACUCGGAACCCUGGGCCAGAAUGUAGUGACAAAGAAGAGGAAGAAUGUGGAGAUACUGUGGCUCGCUGGAACGAUCUGCCGACGGCUGAACGGGAUCAGGUUCACCAGCUGUAAAAGUGCCAAAGACAGGACGUCAAUGUCUGUAACCCUGGAGCAGUGUGCCCUGCUGAGAGACGAGCACCAGCUCAACAAGGAUUACUUCAUACGAGCCCUGGACUGCAUGCGGAGGGAGGGAUGUCGGAUUGAGAAUGUGCAAAAGAAUAUUAAAUGCCGGAAGUAUGCCUUCAACAUGCUGCAGCUGAUGGCAUUCCCCAAGAUCUACCGGCCACCGGAGGGGACCUAUGGGAAGGUUGACUCCUGAACCCAACCUAUAUGUAGGAACUAAGAUCUACCGGCCGCCGGAGGGGACCUAUGGGAAGGUUGACUCCUGAACCCAACCUAUAUGUAGGAACUAAGAUCUACCGGCCGCCGGAGGGGACCUAUGGGAAGGUUGACUCCUGAACCCAACCUAUAUGUAGGAACUAAGAUCUACCGGCCGCUGGAGGGGACGUAUGGGAAGGUUGACUCCUGAACCCAACCUAUAUGUAGGAACUAAGACGGCUACGUCCUGAUUCUCCACCCUCCACAGGGAGUGUGCAUGUGCACACUUUGGGAGAAGUGUAGGGAAACAGGACACAGCCGGUGUAAAAAACAAACCAUAUGAUUCCCGACGUCUAAUCCAAGCAGUAAAUAUAGUAGCAAUAGAAAUAGUCUAUAGCCAUGCGCUGCAGGUCCAGAUGUAAAAAAAUAAAUGAAAGGUUGUAGGUGUUAAUGAUAUUGGCCAUGUUGUGUAACGUUGCUGGGACAAACUGUUUUGUCUGAGUUAAGUUUGUCCGUAUUUCUUGUUCAGGCGUUCCUUUGUAAUUUUCUUCUUCGCUGGGUCAUCGUUUGUAAUAUCUGCGAAGCGUGUUGCUUGCCAAUUGAGCAUACUUUCUCAUGCUCUGUUUAUGAAAUGCCUUUAAGGUUAGUCACAUUGGCACAUGUAAACACAGUAACUAAUUUGCGUCAGACAUGGCUUGAAGGAAGCCUUGAAAAGGUUCUAUAAGUUCGCAAAAAAGCUGAACAGACUUUCACGUUUAGCUUGUUGUUCAUGUUCCCUCAGGUCUCUUUUGUAGAAGGCUGUCUGUCCCUUAAGGAGCCUGAGAGAGUUUACUGUAAAUAUAAUUUAAUUCCAUUAAUAUGUUCUCCUCUCAUUCUCAAUCAUGGUUGCGUUUAAGACCACCUCAAAAAAAAUUGUACAAUAAUAAACUCAAUCGUAAUGUGUCUCACAAAAUUUGUUGAAUUACUGCCAUAUCUAUCACAUGCUGUAUAUAACUUUACUUUUGUUUAGAAAAUAUUGUUUUCCUUUAUUUUCCCUCCACAAUCAGUCAAUUGAAAACCAAACCAUAACCCCUUUGUAUCAUAACAUUUAUUUUUAUAUCCUUUUUUAUUCUGUUUUUAUGCUUUAUUCAAGGUCACUGUCUUAGAUUCAAAAACAUCCAAGGCUCUUCCUGUAUGUUUGUGCUUUGCAAUGUGUUGCAUUCCUGUUUAUUUCAUUUAAAUACAUCUGAUUAAAUUGCUUGGGAUGGAUGUUAA